AUGAGGGCUCUGGUGCGGCGCUGCUGGGCCGGCUGGCCGAGCUCCGUGCCACGGCCCGUGCGCGGGCUCCGCGGUAGCCCCGGCGGGGUGGACGGUGGCGACGCCCGAGUCCGCCAGAAGCCGCCCUGGCGAGUGCUCUUCUUUGGCACGGACCGUUUCGCCCGGGAGGCGCUGCGGGCGCUGCAGGCCGCCAGAGAAAGCGAAGGAGAGCUGAUUGAAAAGCUGGAGGUGGUCACAGUGCCGUCGCCAUCCCCAAAAGGACUGCCGGUAAAGCAGUAUGCCGUUGAGUCCCAGCUUCCAGUGUACGAGUGGCCAGACGUGGGAUCAGGAGAAUAUGAUGUUGGAGUGGUGGCUUCCUUUGGCCGACUUUUGAGUGAGGCUCUUAUUCUUAAAUUCCCCUAUGGCAUAUUGAAUGUCCAUCCCAGUUGCCUCCCAAGGUGGCGUGGUCCUGCCCCGAUAAUCCACACGGUGCUUCAUGGAGACGCGGUGACUGGAGUAACAAUCAUGCAAAUUAGACCUAAAAGGUUUGACAUAGGCCCAAUUCUCGAGCAGAAAACCAUUCCUGUGCCUCCCAGGAGCACUUCCAAGGAAUUAGAGGCAAUGUUGUCAAAACUCGGUGCCGACAUGCUUAUCUCAGUUUUGAAAAAUUUGCCUGAAAGUCUGAACAAUGGAAGACAGCAGCCAACUGAGGGAGUGACAUAUGCCCCGAAGAUUUCUGCUGGCACCAGCUGUGUAAAAUGGGAGGAACAAACUUCCGAGCAAAUACUGAGACUUUAUCGUGCCAUUGGAAGUAUAGUUCCAUUGCAGACACUGUGGAUGGAGAAUACCAUUAAGCUUCUGGAUUUGGUCAAAGUUAACAGUUCAGUCCUUGCAGAUCCAAAACUCCCACGACAGGAUAUCAUUCCAGGAUCAGUGGUGUACCACAAACCAUCACAGAUGCUGCUGGUUUUUUGCAAGGAUGGAUGGAUUGGUGUUCGAUCAGUAAUGCUUAAGAAAACACUAACAGCUACUGAUUUCUACAAUGGAUAUUUGCAUCCAUGGUUCCAGAAGGAUUCCCAUGCUCACCCGAGCCAGUGCAGGUUUCAGACUCUCAGACUUCCAACCAAGAAGCAGCAGGGGAGAAAAAUUGUUGCCAUGCAACAGUGCAUCAAGUAGCUAGAAGGAAGAUGCACACGGAAGCAUAUUACCUAUUUGUAAUUUAUUUAAAGCCUUACUUAUGAGCAACUACCUUGACUUCCAAAGAUAAUACUUUUGGAGGAAGAGAAGAUUGUCAAAAAAGAUGGAAGCCUCACUCUACAUUUCCUGUGUGUGACAGUAGUUUAAAAGCAACUUUUUCUACUUGAAUAACAAAAGAACCUUAAAUAAUUUUGUAUUUAUAGGGCCUGGAUGUGGUGGCACAUGUGUUUGAUCCCAGCACUCGGGAGGCAGAGGUAGGAGGAUCAGUGUGAGUUCGAGGCUACCCUGAGAUUACAUAGUGAAUUUCAGGUCAGCCUGGGUUAAAGUGAGAUACUACCGUGACAAACAAAACUUUGUAUUUAUAUUGUC